GGCGCUUCUUUUGAAGGUUGUAACUUUUUUUCACGUGGUUGUACUUUUUAUUAUUAUUAGUGUUUCCUUCUAAUUUAACAACAUUUAUUAGUGAAAAAAUACUUCAUUUCUGAUAGGGCUCUAUUAAUUUGACACCCCAUCCUGUGAUUCAACGUAGUACAUUAAGCUCACUAUUUCACACGCUGACCACCUUUCCUCUUUCACUAUCGUUAAUAUAUUAGCUAUUAGCAAAUAUUGAUCUGACUCUACCAUAAAACUUUACACAUCUAGUAAGUAAAGAUACAGCAGUCGCUGCUCACCCAAUACAAAAUUUAUAUUUACAUUACUUCUAAUAAUGUCCAGGUCAUCUAAAAAGCACAUAAUCUCUCCUGAUGCUCAUAGCACGUGCAAAAGAUCUAAAUCCACCACUCACGCGAAUAAUGUGAAGCUUUCUAAACACACUGAUCAGUCUGCAUCAUACUCUGAUCUUCCUACAGCUACACUACACGUGCACCAUGUACUUGGACAUGACCUGUCACUACCUUGCAUCUCGCUUGUAGAUAUAAAUAAGAGUAAUCACCUACCGCCUACCCCGACAUCAUUUGACAGCCCACACAUUACACGUUGUGAGCGGUAUUUAGACAGUGCGGUUGACCCCAUACACACAAUAAAUCCACAAUCGGUCAUCCUGUGUAAUGGCCAACAGAGUGCACAUAAGCCCACUUACAGUAGCCAGCCUAAUAAUGUAGAUCUCGACUACUCACCCAAACAUAUACCUUAUCCCCCAACUAAGUACGCACAAGAUGACCACCCGGUAGACAGUUGCAACAAAUGUUUAUGCAACCAAAUGAACCAUAAUAAUGUUGAUAUAGACUCUAAUAAUCUCACCAGUGAUAGUUCUAAAAGCAGUCAAAUAAAAUCUAGCCUCACCCAAACUAUUCAAGACCUAUUACCGUAUAAAUACCUAAUCAGUGUUCCGGAAAAUCCUGAUCUCGAAAUUAUAAAAAACACUGAAAAAAUAAUUGACCACAUAUCAGCUGAAGUGCUGAAAAGACUUCAGUGUAUGCACAAUGUCAUUGCGUAUAAUGUACCUGAUAGUACGAAUCUAAAGCUUGCUAAAAAUACUCUACUACAAGAAUGUGGACUGUCGCAAUCUUGGUGUGUAGCGAGAAGAUUACGUAAAACACAGACUAAAGCCUCUUGUCCCAUUCUAUUUCAGUUUGGUAGUAUCAUAGAAGCCAAUCACCUCCUUAAAAGCCAGUCUUUACUGAGGCGCAUUCCAACCUUUAAGAAAGUUAGAAUCACCCAUGACAAGACUGCCAUCCAACGUCGAAACUCCAAUGAAGUGCAAAACAAUCAACCCAGCCUUAGUGGUAGCGGCAGUUACAACGUUGGCCAUAGCGCUAUCCCUAAAACACCAUACCCCACCCCUCCCAAAAACGGAGGCACGCCGCAUACUGCUACUAGUCCUAAGAACAAGACUAGACACCAGGCAGCUGUAACCAUUCACCCUAAACCCAAACACUCAACUACAACAAAAUGCCCACCCACCUAUGCAUCUACAGUUUCAAAACACUCUUCUUGUGGCUCUGAUGAAAAGCCAAAACCCAAGCCUCACAUCGAUCGCUCUAAUAGCUAUAACCACCCAAACACUGUAAUGCGAAAUAAUACCAAAUUCUCUCUAAACACCCAUAAGUACUCCAGAUCUCUCAAUACACAACACGCACCUACUCAUAGUAGUCGAAUGCAUUACAACAAGCAUAAUGAACUGGCAGUACCCCCAUAUCCUAACGUGAGGUUACGCCCGACAAAAACCACACUUACGCAUGAUGCCAAUAAGCCAUAUAGCUUAAAACAUGCAGGUUACAGGAAUCAGCACAGCCCACACAACAGGAACACCAUCCCCGGCAACAAUGUCAGACAAUCAUGCAAUAAUUAUUUGAAACAUACAACUCCCCUAACUACCCGUAACAGGAGUAGAACACCCCACUGCACACAAGACAACCAUAAUGUUGGCCUGCUUGGGGACCCACCUAUCGAUUCUGAAUACUACCAGAACCAAACCACCUUUUAUAACUCUCUGAUCUCCCCUAAUUUGGCACACACACCACCUCAUCCUUUUUUAUCUCUCUCCCCCUCAACAGUAUUGCUAUGGGGUCUCCAAAUGUUGAGGGCGACAAUUCCACUAUUCUGAGACCACCUUCUAUAUACUCCGACCUGAUGGGGAGUGACACAUCUUUAUCACCGUCGAUAACUGUCUCUCGUCUUAAAAGCUCCUUGACGGAACAUGAUCACCCCCCGAAUGCACCGCCUAUCCAUUUAACUCACCCGAUUCUACCCAACACUCGUGAACAUACUUCUUUCGCCAAAAUAACCUACGACCACCUUUCUCCCGUUAACUAUGCUGGUAUUAAACUAAACAAACAAGAACGUAGAGCCAAUACUCCCACUUUUUCCUCUUCUCAUAGUAAAAGCGACAAACCACAGGGUUUACAGCACACCAUUUUAUUAGACAAACACUCAUCCUUCCUGACACUAAUGUUAAUUAAUGCCCGAUCUAUUCAGAAUAAGAUGACUCAACUACGCGCCCUAUUAUUUUUACACAACCCCUCACUUGUUUUGAUAACGGAAAGUUGGUUGUCCUCCGAUAUCACAGACACGUACCUCCAAAUAGACACGUAUGAGCUCUUCCGCUGUGACCGAGUCACCAAGAAGGGUGGCGGUUGUCUCAUAUAUGCAUCAAAAAACAUGAGGACGGAAAUCUUUAGUGAUCAUAUCCUCAGUAAAGUACCAGAUUCGAUGUGGCUUACUGUACACAGCCUUGAAUGUAAAAUACUAAUCGGAUGUAUAUAUCGAGCUCCGAAUACCCCCAGUCUGACUGACACCAUUAUAAGUGAGUCAUUUGCUAAGGCUGCCUCGCUUGACUUCGCCUACAAAAUUGUCUGUGGUGAUUUCAACCUUCCAACCAUCAACUGGAAGACACAUUCUGGCCCACCGUGCUACGAAGGAAUACUAAGGUCCUUAGACAUACACGGUUGGCAGCAACAUGUUAACCUGCCUACCCGAAACCACAACAUUCUUGAUUUAAUAUUCUGUCACAAUGUCACACCAGCAUCAAUGGUGGUUGGCGAGAAGUUCCAUAAUAGCGAUCAUAAAAUAGUCUUCUGCACCCUUCCGAUUCUUGCCAAGCGCAAAAAAUUAAAGACAUUAAAUACGUGUUUCCAAUAUAGAGACUAUACAAACGCCGACUGGAGUAACUUCCGGUUUCUUAUAAAGCAUUCUGACUGGAACACUUUCUUCACCAGUGAUAACCUUUUAGAAACACUGGAAAUAUUCAAUACUACCACCAAAUCUGCACUAGACACUACCAUCCCUUCUAAAAUUGCUUUCAAAACAAUUGCUCCCUACAUCAACCAAAAGGCUAAGUCUAAGCUACGAAAACUAAGAAAGACGUACUUUACAUCAAAAGACUUUAGUGCCCUGCACCAGGUAUACUCAGUACUUGAAGGAGUGCAAAGUCAUCACAACAAAAACAAACAGACAGAAGAACGUACUGCGCUCACAGCUGCAUCUAAAGUCCAAAACUUAUGUCGGCUCCUUGAAAAACGGAUGAGAAAGAACAAAGAUCACAACAUUCACUCUUUACUGCACGAUGGCGUGACGUACUAUGACCCAACAGUCAUAUGCGAACUGCUAAGUGAAUGGUUUUCACAAAACGGGAAUACAUCUAAUGCCCCAGAUUUUAACAUAAAAUGCAUAAGCAAAAGCUAUAUUAGCACCAUAAACUUUGACAUUAGGAGUAUACAUACCGCCAUCAAAACCCUUAAGCCGAAUGCGAGCUCUGGUGUUGAUGAUAUACCAUCAAUUCUCUAUAAAAUGUCGGGGCCGGAUAUACAUACGUUAUUGCUCAAAAUAUACACACUAUCUUUAGAGGCGGGUACAUAUCCUGAAGCCUGGAAGGUAACGUAUGUUCUUCCCAAACACAAAUCAGGACCGAGAAACCUGGUCGGAAACUACAGACCUAUAAAUAUCACCCCCGUUAUUUCGCGCAUAAUGGAAAAAGUGAUACAAAGUCAACUAUCAGAUCACCUACUUAAGGAAGAACUAAUAGACCCAACACAACAUGGUUUCAUUAGAACAAGAUCAUGUAGUACAUGUCUGAUAGACUUCUUUAACGAGGUUACUCGCAUACGUGACCAGAAAAAGCUAGUGAUUAUACUUUAUUUCGAUAUAAAGAAAGCCUUUGACAAAGUACCCCAUAAUCUUCUAAUCAACAGACUCCAGUCAGUUGGAAUUAUAAACCCCCUAUUGCAAUGGAUUAAGUCUUUCCUCACAAACAGAUACCAAAUAACCAAGCUUAACUCUACAACAUCUACACCUCGACCAAUAACCAGUGGUGUUGUGCAGGGUAGUGUCUUGGGCCCAUUGCUCUUUAUAAUUUAUAUCAACAAUAUAUGCAAGUGCUUUACUACAGGUAAGACCUACCUUUACGCUGAUGACUUAAAAGUCAUCUAUAAAACUGACGUUGGUGAUGUACGAAGUACUAUGCAAACGAUCCAACAUGAACUCAACAAUGUAGACGACUGGUGCAAACGCUGGGGGCUAGAGCUCAACACAGAGAAAUGCGGUUGGCUAUGUAUUGGUAACACGUCACUUAAAUUAAAACUAGCACUUAACAAAAACCCACUGCUCAGACUGACAUCAGUAACUGACCUUGGGGUACAUUACUCCGACAGUCUUAAGUUCUCUGAACAUAUUUCAACUAAAGCAUCUCAAACACGGAGAUUGCUUGGCUUCAUCCUUCGUAAUUUCUUUCAAAAGGAAACUAAAAUCAUCCUGUAUAAAACCUGCGUAAGACCCAUCGUCGAAUACUGCUCGUUCUUAUUUUCCAACCUACGCCUAUCUGAUAUACUUAAGGUGGAAGGAAUACAGCGAGACUUCACUCGCAAAAUACUUAAGAAUGACCAACUCACUGACUACAAAUCCAGAUGCCAUAUCUUAGGACUAGAACCCCUCUGGAAAAGAAGGCUUAGGUCUAACUUAAUUCUUUAUUUUAAACUCCUUAAAAACCUUACUUAUUCCACAUGUAAUAUAGCUCUCUACCAAGACUCACAUGGAUACAACCUUCGAGACAAAGUAUCCACUGUCAAAAUUGAAAAACACAGAUCAAAAACACGUGAAAACUUCUUCCUUAUCAAGUACGCAUUGAUAUGGAACAGUCUGCCUUCUGAAGUACGCAUGGCAGACAAAUUACAUACGUUUACAAGACUCAUUAAUCAACCCCUCACCAGCAUAGAUCUGGUGCAAACGAACACAUCCACGUCCCACACAGACAUCAUAGGCUCUCUACAUAUAUAGACUGAAUCGCCUUAUUUCCCUACCUUGUAGUUGUAUUAGAUACUUUCCCCUCAUUAAUUCUUUUCAAUUGAAGUAGACAGGCAACUCACUGGAUCUAUCAAUACUUGGUCGCUAAACGACGCCUAUAAAUACCCUAAAACACCAGAAGAAACGCACAAUCGACUGACUACUGCCACCCAUCAACCGGUUAGCAUAGAACAAAACAACCUCAGCGCGAAUUUAGUGUGAGUUACUUCUUGUCUAUUUAUCAGUUUUUUACUCAUCUGUACACUAUGUUGCCUUGCCAUCAAUAUUAUUUCACCACUCGUUAUCUUACCUUAUCUGUAACUAAUAUAAAUCUCCAUUUUUCUGCCUACUAUGGUAAAGAAAUAUUCUACACUAUAUCCUUCCUAAUGCCUAUACUCUGAUUCGUAACCUACACUUCACUAUAUAGUCAAUAAAAACAUAGCAUCGAAGCCUUACCCACAGUCCAUAAUUUGUAACUGCCUGAUAAGCUUGUAACAUGGUACUUAUAGAAAUAGUGUUUUCCAAUAGGAUGUGAAACACAGAGCAUUGUGUGAGGUAUGAUAUGUAUCCAAAAAAUAAUCGUAAAUGAGCCUAACAUCACAAAAGGAGGGAGGGUGGAGUUACUGACCAGCAAGCACUGAUGGUGUGGGCGAUGAUUUCAAUCCACCCGUGUUUGUGGGGCAGAACAUUUUGUUUGUAUCAGGCUCUUUAUGGAUGAGAACAAGUCAAUAGAUCUGUGAUAUUGAGAUUGUUCACCUACACUCACCAUUAAGACUCAUGUUUCCAAUUUUUGUGCUGGAUUAACUAUUCUACUAAGACAACCUUUAACAUGCUAACUCGGACUUUUACAUGAACACUGUGUGGCAGGCAUCGGAUGAGAAAAGAAAAAAAAACUGACUGUAAAGGAUAUGGUUGUUAUUUUACUUAACACUACUCUCUAUAUGCACUCUCUGUUCUUCCUCAUUCCAAUGACUUCCCUCCUUCAUUGGAACCUACUCCACCUUGAUAAAUAUAACAACUCAUUGUUCUUUAUAACUGCCUUCUCUCUUCUGGAGACCCUAAUCGCAGUUUACUCUUGCAACAUGAGCUAGUAUCAAUUUAAUCUAAUAAUUUAUCAUACCUCCAUCUGUUCCACUAAUAAAUGUUAAGCAUUGAUUAUCGCUCAUAUCCAAAUGCCUUGCUGCUCCUCGGUUUCUCUUUUAUUUUUUCUCUUCAGAAUCUUGCUCUGAGGGUGAAGCUAUGUAACUUCUGACAUCUGGAAAAAGCUUGACGAACGCGCUUUCCCAAGGUCAUAGCUCAAACCAGGCGCUCCACAAGCCUACUUUAUAACAACAAUAAACUUAAAAAGCUGCAUUACAUAAAUACUUAGAACUACCGAAACCCUAUUACACUUUUUGUCGAGAUUGGAUCUGGUAUAUAACGUGGACGCUAUGCCCCUUUGGAAACUAUUCUUAUGAAAACACAUUAUAUGUGAACGAAUGAACUGCUAUCAACUUUUAUAGAUUAUAAUUACUAAACAACCUUGUUUGGGAUGCAUACUGUGAACCAGUAUAUGUUGUAAAUUGUAGAUCAUGCCUGUAAAAAUGGCGUGUACCUGCUAAUGCAGAAAUAUGUUAUUAUUAUUAUUAUUAUUAUAGCUUUGUCAUAUGAACUAUCCGUUAACAAACUACAUUUGCCGAUAAUCGGUGACCAAAUGGAUUAUGUUUUAACCGUAAAUAAACUACCGUUCACAUUGAUUGAAUAACAUGCUGAAUAUUUAGGCUUUUCACACUUGCGUGUCAACUUCUGGAUCCGUGACUAUUGACCGUUCUUCGAUUCUUCAAAAUAAUAAGUAAAACUGUGGUAAACAAACAAUUGGUAACCGCUAGAAAUUUUAUGUGGACUCUUAUUAAAUAUAUAUAUAUAUAUUCUUAUUGUGUAACUAGUAAGUAACUGUGUUAUCUAUAUAUUCAUAUUCCUUUUGGUGUAAACUUCCAUUCUACCGAUUGAUUACUGUUAUACGAUCAAGCAUUCUUAGUCGAUUCCCAAUUUAUUGAUAACUGUAUUUCACAAUCACAGCCUCUUUCACCUUGAUCUCGUAUUAUUGUUAUCUUAUGUUACUCAAUGUUGCAGUCUUGUUUGUUCACAUAUAAACACGUUAUGUAUGAAAUAUAUGAUUCGUAUAGCG